AUGGACGAAGACAGCAGCCUGAUCGACGAUUUCUUCCUCAGGAAGCCAAUCACUAGAAAACCAUCAACCACGAUACCUAGAAGACCCAAGGAACAAGCACGGUCAACCAAGCCAAGCCGUCUACAUCCCUAUUCGACUAGCGCCCCAAGAAGCCCGAUCUGCUCGAACACGACCCUUAGACCCAACGCUUACUCCCCUGUCAGAUCGAUCUCUACUUCAUCACCACCUCCACUCCCACCCCCCUUGGAGUUUUCCUCCCCAAUAAGAUCUUUAGCCUCAACACGCCUAUCAACCACCGUCUCUCCCUCGAUCGUCCCAUCUUCCAUCCGAAAACCAAAUCUAGGAUCAAUCCCAAAUAGCCGGAAAUCUGUCCGGAAACCGCUUCGACAGCCACCUUCCCCCUGUAUUCAAAUCGAGCCAACAAGUCGGGUACUAGUGCCUGAUUCGACUGACUCGCCGCCUCAGGAGCUCCCCUAUUAUCCUUCUGAAGACAUUCACCAAGCUCACUCGGAUUCAGACCCCCAACCAGAACGCGAUUUCAAUGAGUUUUACGAUGAUCAUGAUGCCGUUCAGCAAAAACUAUUCAACUCUUCCCCUUCUCCACCCAAGUUUGUCUCGCGUCAUGUGAAUAGCUCGGAUAAAGCCAAAGGAAAAGCUCGCGAAAUGGAUAACUGUGAAGAGCCGAAAGACGUAACAGAUGACGAAGAGGACAAAAGAGAAAGACUGUUAGCUGAGCUGGCAUUUGAGGGAGAAGUAGAAGAAGUGCUACCCAAGGAUUGUGUACCGUUCUCUUCUUCGCCAAUCGAGAUCAUUCGGCCGGCGAAAACAACAAAGCUUGGUGAAGGGGUCGAGGCGAAAGCAUCGACAUCUAAGGAUGGGGAUAAGUGGAAGAAAAGCGCAGGCUGUAGUUCAGCCAAGAAUACGAUAUUAGAUCUUAGUGAAUGGGAAGAUGAAUCGACGAUCCACCCGAUCGAAUCCGGCUCAAGUUUUCACCAAGAAGAAGAGCCAAGGCUUCUGUUGGCGUCCCAGGAAGACCAAAUAAAGCAUAUUGGCGUUGUAAUUGACGACAGCGGGGAUGAGGAUGGAAGUUUGAAUUCCGGAAUCGCGCCUCUGAUGGACUCUUGGCCUGCGUCCAAACGAGGCAUAUUUCUGAAGAUGGCAGGCUUGAGUUCAGAUGACGGUCCGACCGAUGAAGCAGAUCAGGCCCAAGCUGCCGAAGAUUGGGACCUGUUACUGGGAAAAAGCGCUAAGAAGAACGCCUCCUUGGCCAAGAAAGUCGUCAAGAAAUCCUGGUACAAUCGCUCCUUAUUUCGCGCUAAGAAGAAAGGCUCCAAAUCUUUCAAAGCCGUUGGCAAAUCCGCUCGUCGCGUCAAAUGA